AUGAAUAUUAUUUAUUUGUUUUGUAGUAGCUUUAUUUUAAGGAAUGUGUUCUGUGCCAACACAACCAAGAAAUAUGUAGAUAUCAAUUAUUGUACUCAUCCAGAUUGCUCUAUGGAAAACCAGCACACAAUGUGCGUUGCUGCUAAUAAGCAAAGUUCGAGACUUUAUGCGUCAGGCAUGACUGCAUGGAUGCGGUACCAAAUCUUGCUACUACACAACAGGCAUAGAGACAACAUUGCUAUGGGAUUAGAGCCUGGACAGCCUCCUGCUACUAACAUGCGUAAAAUGUACUGGGAUUAUGAACUGGAACAUAUGGCGGAGGUUUGGGCUCGUCAGUGUCAGAAGCGACACGAUGAGUGUAGGAAUACCAUCAGAUUUAAUGUUUUACAAAAUAUGGAUGUGCGGGCUGUUGUAAGCAGGGUGACAGAGGCUCAAUUACUAGCAGACGCAGUGGGUGCAUGGUUCUCGGGCUCGAGAGCGUUGCCACCUGAGCAUGUGUGGUCUUUUAGACUUAGUAAUUGCAGUGCACCUGGUGGCUGUAACGCACAUUGGUAUUCAGCAGCCGCUUGGGCUUCUACGUGGCGUCUUGGUUGUUCACAAGCGCUUUGCACUGCAAAGAAACCAUCUUGUGCUUUAUUUCGCAAAAAAAGAGGGACAGCUCCAAAAUCGUACCAUCACUCAAGGUCAAAUGUGACGAGAACCUUUCCGCCAAGUCAAAAUUUACUUCGACGUACAAGGUACAUGACAGCGUCAACACCUCCGAGAUUUGAGGAUUAUGCUAACACAGAUCGCAUUUACCAUCCAAAAGAAUCGCCUUUACAUCGUGGUGUAUUACGAAGUGAAAUGAAAGGGAAAAAACGAAAGGAAUCCAAAAUUUUGGCCUACACUUUUUGUAACUAUGGCCCCGCAGGAAACAUUGAUGGUUUCCCAAUUUACGAAGUAGGAACUACUUGUAACAACUGUCCUCAAGGCACGCAGUGUGGAGACCGAAUGCAUAGGGCGUUGUGCUCGGUAGCUGGUGACCCAGAUGUUAAAGACAGAUAUUGAACUUCAUCAAUUAUAUAUGUUUAAAUUUAACU